CCGGGGAGGGAGCGCUGAGCGUAGAAGCCCCGGACUGCGGGUGGAAGAGCGGGCUGGGGGCGUCGCCAGGCUCCCUGUCUAAGUUGUGAAUUGGUGUCGUUGAAUUGCUUCCUGUGAGGACUGUCGUGCCGUUAACUGAUUGGCAGGCAGAAAUUCAGCAGUAUGCAGCUGUCAGAGCGUGAGAGUGGAGGAGUGACAGGAGGGAAUGGACGGGACAGCCCUACAGCACCUGACACCCAGCCAGUUUCACCCUCGACCCCCAAACCCCCUUCCUUGGACCUCUUCAAUUUGGUAGUGUCAUAUAAGCAGCUGGAGCUGUACCUGGAACCAUUGCAGGAUAUUGCUGAAGGGGUGUGGUUCCUGCUCAGCUGGCAGAUGCCACUCUGUUCCCUCCUUACCUGUCUAGGGCUCAACUUUCUGCUGCUGACUCUGAGUGAAGCUGCUUGGUAUGGGCUGUUUGCCCUACUGAUCUUGGUGCCUGCCAUUCUGGGCUACCUACAGGAAACGUCCCGCAUCCGCCUGAGUGAAGAAGAGCUGGCACGUCGGAGGUACCACAGUGUGCGGCGUGAGGAUGUGAGAAAAGUUCAGCUUUCUCGAAAUGAGGCUGUGGCUGAAGUGAAGGGCUUUCUGAUCCAACUGGAAGCCCUCCUGAGCCGGCUAUGCGGAGGCUGUGAGGCAGUCUACCGCGUCCUCUAUUGGGAGAACCCUUCGCUGUCCUCACAGUUUUAUGGGAUGCUGAUGGGGUCAGUUUGUGCCCUUUAUCUGCUGCCUUUGUGUUGGGUCUUCGUUCUUCUCAACAAUGCACUCUUCCUGGGUAAUGUGGCCUUUUAUCGAGUGCUGCUGGUGCUGAAGUCUGCCGUUGAGCAACGCUUGGGCCUAAGGCCCAUUGCUAAGGAUCCAGAGCCUGUUGAGCUGGAUGCUGGAGAAACGGGGGCUGGAACCCUGCCAGACCAGACACCGACACCCACUAGUAUGGAGGAUCUGACCCCUGGCAGUGUGGAAGAAGCAGAGGAGGCUGAGCCUGAUGAUGAGUUCAAGGAUGCCAUUGAGGAGGAUGACGAUAUCUCCCAGUGCUCGGGAGAAUUUGACCUGGGGCUUCCUGACAAUCCCUUUAUGAGCAGGAACGAGGUGCUGCGCAGCAGGGUGUCGCGGCUGACGGAGCGCCUGCGCAAGCGCUACCCAACCAACAAUCUUGGGAGUUGUGCAAGCUGUUCAGCCACCUUCUCUGUGUUGAAGAAGAGGCGGAGCUGCAGUAACUGUGGGAACAGUUUUUGCUCCAGAUGUUGCUCCUUCAAAGUUCCGAAGAGCUGCAUGGGGGCCACAGCCCCUGAUGCCCAGCGGGAGACGGUCUUUGUGUGUGGGCAGUGUAACCAAGCCCUCGUCAAGUGAGCAGCCACUUCGGAGUCCUGCCCCUGCUGGAUCCACUGUGCACCUUAUGCUGUACUUGCUGACUCUGGCGGACGGGGUGGGGGAGGGCUAAGCAUCAGCUUUGUGCUCGGAAUUGGAGGGGCCAGCGCAUCUGACCAGCCGUGCCCUGUGUGCUCCCCUCCCUUUGUCGCAAGCAGCUCGGGAGAUGUCCUGCACUCGCUGCAUAGGAUUUUCUUUAUGCACUAGGUGACUGUAGGCUUCUCCCCUCCCUCCUCAGCUGGGGUCCUUUGCUUAGUUGGAGCCCUGAAUUUUCCCUGGUCGUCCACACAGGAGGGCAGCCAUCCUCCUUUUGCAGGGUCACUCGGGACUGCCAGGCAUCUCUCUUUCACUCCUAUGGGAGAUGCCAGUUCUGUACCUGUUCUGUAUUUAGUUUUGAAGUGGAGGCUGGUUCUUCCUUCAGAUGGCAGCUGCAGUUGGCUCUGCCAAGAGUAGGCUCUACGGAGUCAAGAAGGCAAACUCUGUUGGUCCAACCUGGGGCCGAGCAGCUGGACCUGCUUUUUCUCCCUCUGCCAGGUAUGGAUUGCACCUCCUUUCUCCACCUCCCUGCCAUUGAGUUUGCUCUUUUUAGAUAGCCUCUAUCCAAAACUCCACAGUCUCAUCUGGCCUGAUACUGGGAGUCUUGUGCUCUUUUUCCUGGCAGAGUUGGAGGGCACAGAUGGAGCUCUUAUUUUUCUCCAGGCUCAGAGGGAAGUGUGGGGACUUCUGCCACCAGUGGUGGGGUCCUUCCUCUCUGAGAGUGGAGCAUUUUGUUGGACUGUUGCUGCCUUCUUAGCAGAGUAAUAGCUGUCUUACAAUAAAUAGCAGCUUGGAAAAUGGA